UCCAUCACAGCUUCACACUUUUGCCUUCCAGCAGCAAUGAAGUCACUUGUGGCACUUGUGUUCAUCUACAUGUUUUUACCUAAAGCUGAACCCCUGAGAUGUUACACUUGUGAUCCCACUAAUUGUGUUGAAUAUAGAACGCAGACCUGUUCUGGGUUUUCUAAUACCUGCCUGAAUGUAACAGGUACUGUAUCGGGCCAAAGGUUUGUUUUGAAAACCUGUGCACCGAGUGACAUGUGUAAUCAGGUUCUGCCAUUGUUCUUGGGAGUUACAGUUGAAUAUGGAAAGUGUUGUCAGGCGGACCUGUGUAACGGUGCUGAGAGAUUCACACUGAGCCUCCUCCUCAUGAUUGUCCCCAUGCUGUCCUUCUUCCGCUUUCCCUGAAAAAAAAAUGACUUAAAGCUGUAUCUGGUUUAGAAAUGACAGCAAUAAAACAUAAUAAUAAUCUUCAGAGCGCUCCUUUUUCAUGGGGUCGGGGUGGGACCUCUAAUUAAUGUAUACACUGUUCAUAUUGAUCUAAUUUAAUAAUCUUAUGUAAAUUAUGCUGGGGGAAGUUUGGCAUAUC